AUGUUCUCCACCCGCAGCGUCAUGCUGCUUUCGACGGCGUUGAGCGCCUUCCUCGCUCCCGUGGCUCAAGCCGCACCAGCACCACAGCAGUCCAGCCCUGCAAGCUCAUCUGGCUACUGGCUCGCCGACAUCAAGCACCAGGGCACUGUCUGGACAAACUCGAACAGCACCUCCGGCGGUUACGAGAUCUUUCGAACAGCCCCCGCACCCAGCGGUGGCGACGACUCGGAUGCUAUUCAGAAGUUGCUGGAGGAUGGAGGCCGAUGCGGUGCUAACUGCAACUCUUCGACCACCACCCCAGCCAUCAUCUACAUCCCAGGAGGCACCUACCAACUGAACAAGCCGCUCAACCUCACCUACUACACCCAAAUCAUCGGUGACGCAAAGAACCGACCAGUCUUCAAGCCAGGCCCAACUUUUGCCGGCAUGGCCAUGAUGGAUGCUGACCCUUACGCCAACCCAAACAACACCAACUGGUUCAUUAACCAAAACAACUUCUUCCGCCAGAUCCGCAAUUGUGUCUUCGACUUGCGAGGCUCUGCCAACACUACUACUGCGAUCCACUGGCAAGUCGCCCAAGCUACCAGCCUCCAGAACAUCGACUUUCAGAUGGACGAGGGAUCUGGCCAGCAAGGUAUCUUCAUGGACAAUGGUUCCGGCGGCUGGUGCAGCGACCUCACCUUCUCAGGUGGUGGUAACUGCAUGUUUGUCGGCAGCCAGCAGUUCACUUCCCGCAACCUCAAGUUCACCAACUGUGGCACUGCCAUCUUCAUGAACUGGAACUGGGGCUGGACUUUCAGCAAUGUCUCGAUUGAAGGUGGAUCUGGUCAGACCGGCAUGGACAUGUCUGUCAACCCAUCAAAUCAGUCCGUCGGCUCGGUCGUCCUCUCCGACAGCAAAGUCUCUGGCGUUGAGUAUGGUGUCAAGACCUCUUAUGGGGGCAAUGGCACUGGUAAUGUCCCAGCUACCGGAGGCACUCUACUCCUGAUCAACGUCGACUUCACUGGCACGCAACAGGCUGUCUACCAAGUCCCACAGACCAAGACUAUCCUCGAGGGCAACAAAAUCGUUGCCUCCUGGGCUCAAGGCAACAGCUACACCGGCAACGGCAAGCAGCAAACCUCCGCUGGUCCCAUUACCAACGCUCCCAAGUUGCCAACAUCUCUCACCACCCAGAACGGCGCCGUCUACGGCCGCAGCAAGCCGCAGUACGAGGAUGUCGCAGUCUCCAACUUCAUCUCGGCCCUCGACAGCGGUUGCAAGGGUGAUGGCGAGACCGACGACACCAAGGCUGUCCAAGACUUCUUGAACAAGGUCGCCAGCACACCGAACGCCAUUGCCUUCUUCGACCACGCUGCCUACCUCAUCAAGGACACCAUCAUCGUUCCACAGAAGAUCAAGAUUGUUGGCGAGAUCUGGUCUUUGAUCGUCGCCGAUGGUUCUUCGUUCAAUGACCCCACCAAGCCAAAGCCUGUCUGGCAAGUCGGCAAGCGCGACACCCAAGAGAAGGGUGCAGUCGAGAUUUCCGAUUUGAUCUUCGAGACCAAGGGCGCCGCUCCUGGCGCCGUCAUGAUUGAGUGGAACUUGAACUCGGCUCAAGGCGAAUCCGGCAUGUGGGACAGCCAUGUCCGCAUUGGUGGCUCCGCUGGUACUGAGUUGCUCAUGGAGCAGUGUCGUGGUCACACCGGCCAGGUCGGUUUCCCCGGCGAGGUCAAUCCACCAAAGGUCGAGUGCCAAGGUGUCUUCAUGAUGUUCCACGCGACCAAGCAAUCUGGCGGCUUCGUGCUCGAGAAUGACUGGUUCUGGGUUGCUGAUCACGACCUAGAGGACGGCCCUGGCCAGACUCAGAUCAACCUCUACAGCGCUCGUGGUGCUCUCUUCCAGAACCAAGGACCAUGCUGGCUCUGGGGUACCGCUUCUGAGCACUCCAUCAUCUACAAUUACCAGCUGGACGGCGUCAAGGCUUUCUUCGGCGGCUUCAUGCAGACUGAGACGCCUUACUUCCAGCCAUCUCCAGAGGUUCCCAAGCCAUUCACCUUCAACGGCGCUGCUGGCUAUCAGAACGACCCUACCUUCGCCAUCUGUGAGAACGGCACUGACAGCGACGGCGUGCCAUGCAAGGAUGCCUGGGGCCUUCGCGUGCUCAACAGUCAGAACGUCCACAUCUACUCGACUGGCAUGUACUCCUUCUUCAACGGAUACCAGCAGAAGUGCGUUGCUUCAACAACCGAGAAUUGUCAGCUUAAUAUGAUCCGGGUCCAAAACAGCGAAGUCUACAUGUACGCUGUCACGACCAAGGCGUCGGUGAACAUGCUACGUGUGGAUGCAAACGAUCCGAUUGUGGCGGCAGAUAAUGAAGGCGUUUACGGGGAUACAAUCGCGUACUACUUUUCAAAGUAG